CAGACUCUGCAGGCGCUGUGACGUCAUCUCAGCGCGCCUCGUUUUCAGUCGGCCCGCGUUCCCCUGGUCUCCGGUGUUUUGGAUCGGUACCUGCCCGUCGGUUCACGUCAUGUUCCCCUCCGUCUCCGCUUCCCCGCGGACCCCGGUCCGUAGGGGCCCAUUGGGCGGAGUCACGUCAGGUUCCACUCCCCGCCCGGGAGGUAGAAAGGGCUUGACCCUGGGGCCAGCCUUGAGCUCUCCAGGGCUGUUCUCCCCGGUUAGCCGCCGGAGCUCCUUGAGCGCGCGUGGAACGCCCACAAGAAUGGUACAACACCAGUCUGUCAGUGAGACUAUCAACUAUGAUGUGAAAACUUUUGGAUCUUCUCUUCCUGUUAAAGUUAUGGAAGCUCUAGCACUGGCUGAAGCUGAUGAUCAGUUGUCUGUCCAUAUAGAUGAAAGUGGAUGGGCAUGGCUGGUUUUUAAAGAAAGACUUGUUAUUUGGAGGAUUGGACAGUCACCAGUUUCUAAGUUAUCAGUUUGCAAGGAACUUCAGCUACCACCCAGUGAUUUCCAGUGGAAUGCUGAUUUGGUAGCCCUCUCCCUGCCUGCAACUUAUAAAGUCCAUUCUGUUCAGUCUGUGGCUGUAAUGGUUGCUACCAGAGAAGGAUCUGUUCGCUACUGGCCUAGCCUUGCCCAUGAAGACAGCUAUAUAGAGACUUCUGUUGACUUUGGAAGUACAGAUAAGCUUUGGAGUUUUCUAACAGCUAUACAGGGUGGUAGCUUUAUUUUGGCCUCUUCAAGGGCCCAGCUAAUUCGAUUGAUACCUGAGAAUUUGGGCAAGAUCCAUCAACGAAUCCUUCCACAGGGUCAAGGCAUGCUUUCAGGAAUUGGUCGAAGAGUUUCUUCUCUUUUAGGAAUUUUGUCUCCUAGCAAUGACCUCACACUUUCCAGCGUCUUCUGGGACAAAGAGAAGUCAACUUAUUACACCCUUACAAGUUCAACACUAAGCAAAUGGGAAAUAGAUAGUACUUCAGAAAGACAAUGCCAAAAUUGGGACAUAAAUAAAGCCCUUAAGGAAAACAUCACAGAUGCAAUUUGGGGGUCAGAAAGUAAUUAUGAAGAUAUCAAGGGAGGUGUCAAUGUUGCCUAUUUGGGAUUGAAGCAGAACUGUGAUGGACUUGUGAUUUUGGCAUCAGCCUGGCACCCAGGAGAUAAUCCAUGUCUCACGUAUUAUACUUUAAUAACAGUAGAGGAUAAUGGCUACCAACUCUCUGGGGAAGUUACUGUAGAAGUUACUCAGUAUAAUCCACCUUUUCAGUCCGAAGAACUGAUGACAUGCCGAUUAUUGGUCCCCAAUUAUUCGAACCAGGCUGCCUACCUCUAUGGUGAAAAUUCUGUCUUUGCCUGUUCCACAGGAACUGGAAGAUGUUCUUUACCUCAGGAGAAAAUUAUCUUCAGUGCCCAUGGAGAUAGUAUUUUAGGAGCUGGUUCCUGUGCUAGUGUUCCAGUUUUUUUCUCCAGAAACAGUGGACUAGUAGCAAUUGUUUCAAGGGAAAAUGUGUCAGUAUUACCAGAAGAUCUUGAAGAUUCCCUGGCAUCUUCAGUUAGUGGGCCAAAUAAUGAGAGUCCAGUUUUUGAAAACACAUCAAAAAUGGAUACCAUAGCACAAGAAGACAAGACAAGGUUGCUAAAAGCUGCUUUUCUUCAAUACUGCAGGAAAGAUUUAGUUAAUGCACAAAUCCUGGUUGAUGAACUGUUUUCAUCUCAUCCUGAUUCGGAUUCUGACAUUCAACUAGACAGAGCUGUGACCCAAAUCAGUGUUGACUUAGUGGAUGAUUACCCAGCUUCUGAUCCACGGUGGGCCGAGUCUGUUCCUGAGGAGGCACCAGGAUUCAGUAACACAUCACUUAUUAUUCUUCAUCAGCUAGAAGACAAGAUGAAAGCCCAUUGUUUCCUUAUGGAUUUUAUUCAUCAAGUUGGCCUAUUUGAGCGCCUGGGCACUUUCCCAGUAAGAGGGGUGCCUAUGACAACACGACUCUUGCUCUGUGAACAUGCUGAAAAGUUGUCAGCUGCCAUUGUUCUCAAGAACCACCAUUCUAGACUUUCUGACCUGGUGAAUACUGCUAUCCUAAAUGCUUUAAACAAAAGAGAAUGUGAUGUCCCACCAAGUCUUACUCCUGCAGAUGUGUUUUUUAGAGAGGUAUCUCAGAUAGAUACCAUCUUUGAAUGUUUAUUAGAACAAGAAGAACAAGUCUUGAAAGAUACCCCAAUGGAAUCUGUUGAAUGGGCUCAGGUGGUGCUCAAUGUGAACAGUAUCCUGAAGGAUAUGCUACAAGCAGCCAAUCAGUAUCGCCAAAGUAGAAACUCCUUAUAUAGAACAGAAGAACUCGUAGAAAAAGAACCUGAAUAUAUUCCUUGGACAGCAACCAAUGGGCCUGCUGGCAUAAGAACUGCAAUACUGCGGCAACAUGGAAUUGUUCUGAAGGUGGUUUAUCCUCAAGUAGAUACCAACCUGCGAAACAUCCUUACUGAGCAGCUUGUAACACUGAUUGACUCUUAUCUGGAUAGUUAUGUUUCCCAGCUUAAAUCUGUGGACAAACCCAGUGAUCAAGAAAGAUAUAACAAUCUGGAAAUGGAGUACAUUCAGAAAAGAGCAGAUAUCUUGUCUCCUCUUCUUUCUCUUGGACAGCACCAGUGGGCUGCUUCUUUGGCAGAGAAAUACUGUGACUUUGAUAUCUUGGUUCAAAUGUGUGAACAAACUGACAACCAGACCAGACUUCAACGUUACAUGACUCAGUUUGCUGAUCAGAAUUUUUCAGAUUUCCUUUUCCGUUGGUAUUUGGAGAAAGGAAAGCGUGGCAAACUAUUAUCGCAACCCAUUUCCCAGCAUGGACAGCUAACAAAUUUCUUGCAGGCCCAUGAGCACCUCAGCUGGUUACAUGAAAUCAAUAGCCAGGACUUUGAAAAGGCUCAUACAACACUUCUGGGUUUGGCAAAUAUGGAGACUCGUUACUUUGCAAAAAAGAAAACACUUCUUGGCCUGAGUAAAUUAGCUGCAUUAGCUUCAGAUUUUUCAGAGGAUUUACUUCAAAGAAAAGUUGAAGAAAUGACUGACCAAGAACACUUUCUACUACAUCAGGAGACCCUACCUGAGCAGCUACUAGCUGAAAAACAGUUUAAUCUCAGUACAAUGCCAGUAUUGACUGCACCACAGCUGAUCAAUCUGUACAUAUCUGAGGAAAACAGAAGAGCUAAUGAAUAUGACUUCAAAAAAGCUCUGGACUUGCUAGAAUAUAUUAAUGAGGAGGAAGAUGCAAACAUAAAUGACCUGAAACUUGAAAUUCUUUGCAAAGCACUUCAAAGAGACAAUUGGUCCAGUUCAGAUGGUAAAGAUGAUCCAAUUGAAGUAUCUAAAGACAGUAUCUUUGUGAAAAUCUUAGAGAAACUUUUAAAAGAGGGUAUUCAGCUCAGUGAAUAUUUACCAGAGGUGAAAGACUUACUACAAGCAGAAGAACUAGGAAGCUUAAAGAAUAAUCCUUAUUUUGAAUUUGUCUUGAAAGCAAAUUAUGAACAUUAUGUACAGGGACAAGUAUAAUUUCUUUUUCAAAGGCAUUAAAUGUUUCUAGUGAAUUGCAUCAGUGUAUAUAUUUGGAAUUUUUUGGUGUUGUAUUAAAAAUAUUUAAAAGUUUGUGACUAAA